GAGAAAAUUUAUCGACCGCAACACAGUAGCGCAGUGCAGCAGGCUGACCUGAAGGAAAGGCCACAACUCGAUAAAUCAACAAAGGACUCUUUGUUCGACGUAUAAAAGCCCAUCGAGUGUAGCGACCACAAUCCUGUUCGCUUGUUUCCCCCGCAUCUCAAACCUUGACAAGCUAUCAAGACUCACUACAUGCCCGCCCUCAUUACGUCUCAUCCUGCAGCAACCCGCCUCAAGGAGGAAAUGUCGAUGAUUGUCGGGAAGUCCCUGGAGGACCCCCGAGAGACCAUCUGGUACCUCAGGUGGCGUGAAGGGAACGGAGUGGAGGGGCGCGUAUGCAUCAGCUGGGACGCCAAAGGCAGAUCGACCCACCAGGAAAGCCUGGGCGUAGGCCUGGAGCGACUUACUGAGAUCGACUCGAAGCUUAUUCUCCUGGGCUCCCUUGACUCCGAGCAGUUGUGCCUUCUGAAGGCCAUCGUCAACGAUACGCCCAUCCCAUUCCUGCCGAGAAACCUCCCGUGGAUGAGGUCGUGGAAGCGCAACGAGUGGUACUUGCAGAUCCUGCGCAAGGGCGAGAAGGUGGGGCUGUUCACAGACGACGCGGUGCACAAGUGUUACAUCGAGGCCUUAGCGGAGAACUGGCCGGGGAAGGAGGACACCUGUAUAUCGUCUGGUGUGCUUGAGCCGAGCCAUCAUGCCCUAGGAGGACUCACCAGGAGCAUCUUUGCGACGGAAGCCGUCUGAGCACUUGAACAGGUAUCCGACAGCAGAAGUUCUCGAGAGUUGUGCGAAGUUCGAAGCAGAUGUUGACCUACGGAGGGAACAGACAAUGAGCUAGCACUCAGUUACCUUAGCCCAGGCGAUGAAAUCUUCCAGUAUUACACCAACAGACAGAACAGCUUGGUGAUCCUCACGUUAAUAUUAAACCCUGAAUACACAUUUCAAUGGCAAAAAGGGAUGUACGAGCCGCAUAGUCAAGCACUUCCCACCCCGUCUCCCUGUGAAAGGCGUAGACGGCUGAGAAGCGCUCCGGCUUAAUUGGGCCCUUGGAAGGUUCCUCUUCCCUCGCCGGCUCGCUACCCCAGCAUCGCAAAAGGAUAAAACCAGAGUUGCUUCAGCACGAAGGCCGACGC